UCGUGGACUGGGCAUAUGAUAUAACUUGCACUUUGCUUUGGUUUUUGAUAUUAUAAUAAAUUUAAGCAAUGUUAUAAUUUUUUUUUGUCAAAGCUUCAAUGAUUUCCGAUUUUAAAAAAGUGUCUCCGCACACAGUUAAAACAAUACUUUUAGUGCUGACAGCUUUGUUUUGUUUAAUUGGAUUACUAAAUGUAUUAGUUGUAAAAUUUCUAAUCGAGGAAGAGGCAGCCUUUAGAGAAGUCAGUCUUCUAUCCGACUGUUCGGUACUUUGCGAGGAUUUGUCGCUCAGUCCAUACGAAGAUUACGAUACAUUUAAUGUAAGAAAUAAACAAUUUCAGACCUCUUUUCACAACGAUAGAUACGUUUGCAGUACCAAGAAUUUUACCAAGAUCAUAAGUAAGAUUGUUGAACGAACAGGAAGGCUUAGAUUGUCCAAAGGUGAAGUGUCAAAGCCCUACUUGCAAUGUGGGAACGAAAAUCUCAGAGAAAAUUCGAACAGUCAGGUUGCUUCCUUUCGAAGAAUAGAUCAUCAUCUCAAAUUCAAAACAAACGAGAGAGAUCAAGUAAUAUAUUGGCAAAAGCAUGCAGUCAGCACCUUCAUAUCAGAAGAGCUACAUUACCAAAAUGGCGAAUUAAAAGUACCAGAAACACGUGUUUAUUUUGUUUACACGUCGGUUUUAAUAAACGGAAGUUGCGCAGACAAUCGGCGCGGCGAUGUUUGCAACUACUAUGUACGGAUUUGUGCCAGAGGCCGAUGGAGCGAGCGAAUUCUUCUUCAGAAAAUGGGAGUUUACAAUUCAACAGACGAGAGUUUCAUAACUUCUCUACAUAUCGGUACUCAUGUCUUACUCCAAAGACAUGACGCUGUUUUUGUAAGAAUAUCUGACGCAAGCCGAUUGAUUCCGGAAUCUGCCGGAAAUGUAUUUGGAAUUAUGCCAAUGCGAUAGCUGAACUUGAACUUUAUCAUUAACAAGUAAUAAGACAUAAUCAUCUAAAAUACAGCAUAAGAUAUUAUUUCAUUAAACAUGUUACUCGAGAGAAAUUAAAUUCAUUUACAAAAAGUUUCUUUUCUUAAUAAUAAUGUAACGAGAAUCAUUUAUAUUACGACUGUUAACAUGUAAAUAAAAAAAAUCUUUAUAAUGUUUGUGAUACUUUACCUUAAAAUAAGUAUUUUUAUCAUUCGGAAUGGUUCUAUUUCUGUGUGUGUGUGCGUGUGUGUGUGUGCGUGCGUGCGUGCGUUGAUGUGGGUGUGUGUUUGGCAAGUUAGACAAACAUGAUUGUGUCAAAUUCAUCUAUUGAUAUCUAAAUCUGUAUAACAAUAGAAUAUAUCUAGUAAAUCAAAGCACGUGUAAUUGACUUCUUUAAAGACUUUACACUAUCAUUUCAACAUAUCAUUGUGUUUGAAUGUCGUUUUGGAAAUAAACCAUAAUAAAUCUUUGACACAAACUUUGAAGAUAAAAA